GUCUGGCGGUGAACUCUCACCCCAGCUGCUUGGGAAAUGUCAUACAGGCAGAGGCCCGCGCUGCAGUAGGGGGGGCGUAAUAGGAGGAAAAAAUAACAACAUUUUUUUACUGCUCUCACUGCAUCUUUUAACCGCGUCUCUGCCGUGCAAGUGCCACAUCCCGCUACCAGCAGCAGCAGCAGCCGCCGAUUCCUAAUCGCAGUCUCAAUGCUUAUUUCGCAUUAGGCUAAUAUAAAAAAAAUCCGUGCCAGACAUGUGAGUAGCAAACCAUCGCUGUCGUCCUGACUGCUAUGUGCUCACACGCUAUUGUAUCCUUACACCAAUGCGAACAAAUGGUCAUUGAACCGUGUUGUUGUGCAUUUAGUGUCAGUGUGCUGCUUCCACGGUGGCUGAGCCGGGCUCCCCGCACUCUGACGCCGCAGAUGGAGCCUCGCUGGCGGCUUGUUUUGGGGGGCUCUGCGUCGGCUUGGCUAAUUGAGCCAAACGCUGUAAUUUUCGUGCUGUAAAUAGCCCAGAUAGAGGGAAAGCCCAUUUAAUCACUGGGCUAUGUGAUAAGUGUGUGUACUGUAAACUAGCCCGUUCUUAUUUUUGUUUUCUACAUUGAUUGAAGGUAGCUGUGAAUUGGUGGUGUGGAGUCCAGCCUGGCAUCUCCAGUCAGAUGUGGAGGGAGGCCCAGGGGGGAGAACAUGAAGCUUCUCUUGAAGGUGUCUGUCCAACAAUCUAACUGGCUUGUGACGACGAUGCCCAGUCGAAGAUCCUGGGAUUGAUCCGUGAAUCCCUUUAAACUGAUGGCCUGGACUAAGUUUCAGCUGGCCUGCUGAAGCUAUGGGGAGCUGUUGGAGCUGUCUGUACAGAGACCCCAUCCGAGACAACCAUCUUACCAAAUUUAAGGUCACCAAUGUGGACGAUGAGGGCAAUGAGCUGGGAUCUGGGAUCAUGGAGCUCACCCAGACAGAACUCAUUCUCCACACACGUAAACGAGACGCCAUCCGGUGGCCAUAUCUCUGCCUGCGCCGCUACGGCUAUGACUCCAACCUCUUUUCUUUCGAGAGCGGUCGUCGCUGUCAGACUGGGCAGGGAAUAUUUGCAUUCAAGUGUUCCCGGGCAGAAGAGAUCUUCAAUCUGCUUCAGGAGCUGAUGCAAUGUAACAGCAUCAACGUGGUGGAAGAGUCGAUGAUGAUGAGUCGCAGCGGUCACACACCAGAGAUGGAAAUGUCUCGCACACCACAGACUCCCAACACUCCAGCGUUCCCUGUUCAGGCUUUUCCUAAUGGAUACCCUGGUUAUCCAAUCAGAGGGGAAUCCUCCCAACCCUCUCUUGCUGACGACCACGGAAAUGGUCUCAUGGGUUUGGAAGACCAGACCCACACCUAUGUAAAUACUGUUAGUAUGGAGGGGGAUCUCUCUAUGCGUCACUGUGUGCACUCUCUGCCUGAGGUGCGGCCGAACCCUUUCCCUGAAACACCCCGAGGAGCCAUGCCUGUCGGGGUGCAAGGAAAUCCGCAGCCCAACCUGCGGUGCUGUCCCCUGGAGGAGCAUAAUGACCCUCAGGUGUUCUUACAGCCAUCUUCGCAGGAGGUCAAAUUCAUGCUGGGCCCUACUCCGGCUCAGCGUCAUUUGCUGGAGAGAGAGAGGGACAGAGAGAGGGACAGGCAUGGCCACAAUCCUCACAGUCUUCAGCCAGCAGAGGGUGCCACAGGCUCAGAGACGGAGGGAGACGAGCUCACCAUGCACAUGUGCAACUCUCACUCCUAUCCCCAUUUCCAUCACCACACGCACCGGCACCCGGGCCCGGAGCACACGGACAGCUGCCAGAGCGGCGAGCUCACCUACGAGAACAUCAACGGGCUGAGGAGCGGCCGGAAGCAGCGGCUGAGUCCCAGCAGCGUGUCGCAGUCUGUGGGUUCGAGCAGCAGCAGCAGCACCGGGGACAGUCACACCCACUCCCUCCUGCACCCACACGCCCUCGGCCCCUCGUCACUGCCCCCCCAGGGAUACCCCUGUGAGAGGGGCAUGGGCGGAGGUCAUCGUCGGACAGCUCUGCUCAACUACGAGAACCUUCCCUCUCUACCACCGGUGUGGGAGUACAGAGCUCUGCAACGGGAUGAUGAACAGGAAGAGGAAGAUGAUGAGCAGGAUGAGGAGGAAUACGAGGAGGAAGAGGAAGACUUUGAUGAGUAUGAGUUCUCAGAAGGCCCAGGGACACCCAAUGGGUACCACCAGGAUGGUCGUGGCAUCCAUAGAGACGCCCUGCAGAACUACGUCAACACAGAGCAGGUCCAGCCGCCCCGGCUUCGACAUGCUUGCCCCCCGCAUCCGCGGUCGUGUCAGCCAGACCGAGGGGGGCGAAUAUUUAGCUUUGAUUUCCGCGGACGGUCAAGGUCAGGGGUUGGAGGCUGUGAGCACGGCCACAUGCCUCCAUCGCGGCAGUUGAAUUACAUCCAGGUGGACCUAGAGGGAGAACCUCCCUGCCAAGUCCUCAGCAGUGGGGGUGCCCAGCCACAGCCACAGCCACAGCCACAGCCACAGCCACAGCCACAGCCACAGCCACAGCCACAGCCACAGCCACAGCCACAGCACCAGCGCCUACCACCCAAAAAAUGUGGCCCACAGGCACCCCGGCGCAGUGAAUGCUACGCAGUCAUUGACCUAAAGAAGACCGCUGCUAUGUCCAACCUGCAGAAAGCUCUGCCCAGGGAUGAUGGGACUUCCAGAAAGACUCGCCACAACAGCACAGACCUGCCUCUGUAAACGGUGUUCAAACUGAAGAGGAGCGACGAAGACAGAUGAAGGCUUAUCCUCAUCUUAGCACACUGGACCCUUCACUGUCAUCCAUCCAUUCAACUGUCGGGCUGACUAAUACAGUACAGGUACCUAAUUAGAAACUUCUGUGAAUAUAAAAGGAAAUGAGAAAUCUCUGAGGAGAAUUUGCCAUUUUAUUCUGUGUUAUUUAUUAGAUAUGUGGUGUGAAGCUCUCUCAAGAAGUUGGCAGUUUUGACUGCAAAUACGGUUUGCUGGAUAUUUAUACAUAAGCAUAAAAUCAUAAAUAUAACUAUGAUUUUGUGCUUGGAUAUGACUUAAAGCAGAGAUCUCUGUUUUCAGCGGAAGCAGUCAUUGCCAUAUUGUUUUAACACAUUUAAAUUCAUUAACCCAUCUCCACUCACACACAUUAGUGUUUAUAUCAUUUAAGUAUUCUACAUCCAUGUGGUUUUUACUUAAAUAUGAUGAGUCACUAAUUUGAUUCUUUUCACAGAAGAAGAAGAAGAGUGGUUGUUGGCAUGAAGGAAGGUUAAUGGUUCCUCCAAGGUACUGGCCAAUAUUCAUACCUCAUCACAAGCAUCUAAGUCUUACAUUGUGGCUAGUAGAAGAGACCAUUAUUUGAUACUAUAUGCCUAAAGAGCAUUUUGCACACAAUCCUAUGGAAUUGUAUUUUAUCAUAUUUUAAGGAAUGGAUGUGUCCAGUCCAAAAAAAACUGAAUUAAAUGGACAAAAGAGAUGGUGAUAUUUGCAGAAUUAUUCUAAACUAUGGUAAAAGUAGCACACAUGGAUUAAACGAGCUUUGGCUCCCUCCUAUCCACAUGCAGCAAAUAAAAAGGUAGCAUAUCAUCUUCGAUCACCCCCCCCCCCGCACAUCAUCCCAGACCUGCAGGGGGUCCACAUGGUUUACGCUUGUCACGUUGCACUUUUGACCCUUGGCCACUAAAACGAUCGUGUCCUUUUUACCAAAAGCAGGGGGCCAAAUAUUUCAUGGACAUUCUUAGUCAGCAUCGUAGAUGGGAUUUAUUUACGUGUUUUGAUGGAGACAUCAACAACCUCAAAUAGUGGCAUUAAGCUGUAACCUCACAUAAACAGAGAUGAAUCUAUAAUUUGUCAGUUAUCAGGUGUGUGUUUUUUUAAAGAGUUAUCAAGUCUACAGUGAAGAUUUUUGUUAGGCUAUUUAUCAACCAUAGUCAGAUAUUUAUUUAUUUAUUUAUUCAUUCUUUUAUUUCCAAUUGUAAUAAUUUUGUUAUCCAUGUGACGACCAGCGUUUUGUAAUCCAGUUGGUAAAACAGAGACCAAAGUUUCACCUCAAAUUAUCACUGGACUCUGGUGUAUUACUGUAAUAACUGUGCUUAAUUAUAUAUAAAAGAAAAAGGAAGACUGUAUUUAUAUUUUAAGUGCCAAAACUUAUUUUCAAACUGUAUGAUAAAUAAAAUCAAUUGUGCCAUUAGGAUUUAUAGAAAACAAUAAGACCGAGGCAUGAUGAGGUUAUAGAGGUCGGGAGACACACUUAAAAAAAGAAGAAGAAAGAAAUCCAACUUUAAAGGAUAUAUUCAAACUACAAAACCUGCACAUUCCACCUCAUCCACAUCGACAGCCAUUUGGGAGUGAGAUAUAAGAAUGGAAAUCUUGUAGUCUGAUAAUCACAGCCAGGGUGGUUUUAUGCUGCUACAUGUACAUACUAACAGUAGCCCGUUUAAGCUACAGCGACUCGUCAAAAUGAAAGCUUGUGUGUUUGAACCUAUGCGAUGUCGGAUCUUUUACCAUGUUGUUUAAUUGCUAAUAGGGGUAGCAUUGUUGUCUUCUGAGCAGAAGAAAAAUCUAAUGUACCAUUUCAGAGAAUGUUUCUUUUGGCCAAUAUUUCAUUUUGUCAAUUGUUUUCUUGACACUGGCUGUGUGGCAGUGGAGGGGCUCAGGCGCACUGAUGCUGUCAUCUUUUUGUCGAGUGCUCAUAUCAAGGGGAUACUUUCAGCUGACGGAGGAAGGCCAAAUGUUCUAGAUUCUCAGAUUGUGGCAUUAAGCUGUAGUUUGCAGAGAUUGUUCAAGAGAUCAAGGGGUGACGCAAAUACAAAUUCUCAACUUCUGAUAAGGAGGGUUUUAUGGUUUCUGUGUGACAUCAGGUGCAAAUCAAAGAGGAUUUCUUGCUUCUGAUCGAUAAUUUAUUUAGAAAAACUACAUACGGUAUAAAAGUUAAAAUCUCAGUUGAUGAUUUUCUGACUUUUUCAGUCAAUAACAUGUCCCAUAAUGCACAGCAGUUUCCUGAUCUAAAGAUAUUACAUUUCUAAUGUAUGAAACUGAAAGAAAUCUUCAUAAAUAAGAUGCAGCCAGCAGGUGUUUGUGCUUGAUGGUUUCCAAACUAUCCAAUAUAUUACAAAUAUGUUCAUGUGCUAAUUAAUAGCCUCGUAAUUUCUUUGUGGAUUUAUUGGUUAAAUGUUGGGUCCUAAACCCAAGGUGAUGUCUUUGAAAUUGCUUGUUUUGUCUGACAAACAAUCCAAAAUCACAAAAUAUGUUAUUGACAAGAAUGUUAAAUAUAAUUGACAAGCGAAAAAACAAAAUUGGCAAUUGAGUAUUGACUUAUUUUAGCCUUUCUUGUUUAAUGGCAACAACAAUGUGACACUUCCCCACAGAAGCUUUAAAUAACCCCAAAUCAAAGGUUGAUCAUUUGUAUUUUGGUUUGAUCAUCAUACUUUAAAAUGACAUUUAAAGAAAUAGGCCUCUUAUAAUAAGAAAAAGCCCGUUUUCAAGCAGAGAUUUGUGACUGUAUUUGCAGAGAUAUUGUCAUUAUACAUUCGAAGGAUGUUUACAUUUUUGCAAUAAUAAGUGAAUUAUUUUUUUGUGGAUUUCAAAUCAGACCAAUGUGUAAAGUGUGACAUUUAAAUAGUAGUCUAUAAAACUGUGGGCUUUAUGUAUUUAAUCGCCUGUUCUUCUGUGAGUCAGCAGUCUUAUUUUUUUUCAGGUACGAUGUUUACUUUUCAAUCUUCAUUGUACCAUUUCAUCUUUGAAAGUAAAAAAAAAAAAGAUGCUUGUUUUUUUUCUUUGAUUGUCUGACACUGUGUUUGCUUAAACUCACACUAACAGUGCCAUCCAAUUACAUGUUAUUGUAUUAAACCUUUCAAAUCAGUGGCAAUUUUUCAUACAAGAAUCAGAAAGUGUUUCAUCUAGUUUCUCAGAAUAUUGUUACAUGUAGUUUUAUGGUCUUUUAUAAAAAUUCCAUGUUGAAAUGUGUUAACUAUCUUUGUUAUAACGCAGUAACCUCACCACGUCCCAAACAUGUUAACAGUGAUCACAGCAUCAUUAACACAUUCCUAUGUUUACUGAAAGUAAUCAAAAUAUAUAGUUAAAUAAUUGUUUUUCAAAGAAAUGUGACAUCAUUUCACUUGAGUUCAAAUCAAGUGCACUCCCAUCUCAUAACUCAUUGUGAUUGGCUUGGUUGAUGCUAUCUCACACCGUUAGUUUUUAUGCUCAAGGCGUUAUUCACACGGCUUUCUCUGAGAUUAAUUAAGCAGAGCUCAUGGGUAUCCGCAGGGCAAGGAGCAACAAGUAGAGAUAGCAACUCCUGUCAUUAAGUUCCUCAAACUGAAUUCAUGGAAUGGGUUGCUGAACACAAGGGCUUGCUCUGUGUUUACUGUACAAACAUGAAGCCAUGUAGUCCAUAUCAAGAAAUGUCUCGCUGUGCCUUUCAUAUUCAAGCUCGAGAAACAUUUUCUUCGCUGGUUGUGAGUGCGGCCUGUUUAAAAGAACAAAACACCGCCUGUUGAACGUUUCCAGAUUGACAAAUCCAAUAGAGUCUUCAGUCAAAGUAGUUUUACGCUUCAAGCUGUAUUUCAUACUUUAAAUUGUAUUGGAAAAGAAGUGCCAACUCCUGAUUGUUUUACACCAUACUGUAUUUUCAAAAUGUUGUCAGUUUAGACGAAUGUUUGCACAUUUUCGGAAACAUGCUUUCUUGAUGCAUUAGAUAAAAUCAAUGCCACUCAUGUCUCUUUGCUAAAUAUAGGGCUCAGCUCACAGAGGGAUAACUUAAAGACAGGAAUCAGGGGAAAAGUCAGGGUGGGUGUUAACCCUCGAAUUGUGCACCUUGUGGUCAUCGGCCAGCCAGUCUCGCAAGACUUUUUCGUAAAUCAUGUUAUAUCUGGUUUUAUACUCUGUACACAUUCACAUGGAAAUGUCACCGUUAAGAAUUCCUCAGCAGGAACCACGCUACUAACAGAAAGAAAAGACAGUCUUGGUAGAAAGGUUUCCCUCUAUAAGCAAAUGAUUAAAUCAACAAUAAGGCUUACAAAUACUUAUUAUAUCAAUACUGAUCAAAUAUUUAUCAAGACCUACUUCUACAUCAAAUUGUUUACUCUAUAAAAAGAUAUUAGGUUGUGAUUUUAGGGGGCCAGCUUCCAGUCAUACAACAUUUUUUAUUUGAUAGAUUCCAAAUGUCAGUUUUAUCAUUCGUCUUUGCAAGAUGGAGAAAAAUGUUAAUCUAUUCCUUAAGGGUUUUCAGCAAAAAAAUCAAUGAGUUCUCAUUUUUUGAGAUUACAUGCGUCAAGGUCUUUGGUACAAUCGGUUUAGGGGAUACAGUGAAAAAAGCCAAACUCAGUGUGACUGAAAAGGUGUUAAGUGACUUUGUCCUGUAGCAAAUAACAUCAAUGAGUACAUUACAGUGUGUUUUUCAUUAUAAAGUCACGUGGCUGUGGUGCACAGCAUGAUUCCUCAUCAGCUGCCUUCUCAGUGCUGAAGUAUGUGAAAUUAAAAUUCCUUUCAGAUCUUUUUUUUUCUGAUUUGUAACAAUUCCAAAUGUUUUGCAUAAGUCAGAUGAAAAAAAUAUGGUAAGAACAGAAACAAAGGCCAGCAACUCGGUUUGCACCAUAGUGCUACACAUCAUCUUCAUCAGCAUCAUCAUUAUCAUCUCCAUCUUCUUCUCUUAAUACAGAACAUCAUUAGUGACAUUGUAAAACCUCAACUUCCUGCCCAUGCUUUGAGAUAUAUCUCUGUUAAAAUACUGAAAGUAUCAGAAAACUGUAAUAUCUCUUUAUUAUUAUAUGUUUUUUUAAAUCUUGUUUGUUUUUGUUUUUGUCGGUAUGAUGAUGUGACCACCACCAGAGGGUGAUGCAUAUGUACGGGUCUGAGCUGUACAUGUUUGUGCAUUUGCAUACAGUUUGCAUUGGCCUAUCUUUGUGACUAUUAUAUCAAUUUUCAAAUUGAGUGCCAAAUAUGCUCAAGCAUGAUAAAAACAUGGACCUCGAGGAUGCGAGUCUCGCUGCUGUUGUAGACUCUUUUUGUGACACGAAUGCACAGCUGAAAGUAGAAUCUUGCUAAAUAUUUUUGCUGAAAGAGGGAAACAUUUUUUAUUUUGUCUUUUGUUGCCAAAAUAUUUGUUGUAUGUUUCUGUGUUUCUACCCAUUGCUUAUAAAUGAUUAUGCAGUGAAUAUAAAACAUUUGCUUCAUUUGUUGGAGUGUCAAAAAGAAACAUUUGGAUCAUUUUCAUUCUUGAAUCAUUCCUCACAGAUAUGUUAUCUGACUCUUCAUCCCACCCUGUCCCAAAACAAAGCGAGCCUGACCUUUGGUGAAUUUUACCCUGAAUUAUAGUGUGGAUUUGUCCAAAAUGUAAAAGUAAAUGUAAUUCUAAUAUUAAAAUGAAGCUAUGAAAAUAUCUUAUUGCGCACUAAACAGUGUCUAUUUUGUUCAUUAGGUCAAAACUCAAAGAAUCAAUAGAUGCAUUUGAGUAAAACCAAGCUUUCCCCUCCAGGAUCAUGCACCUCUUCAGUACAUUACAAGGUUUACAAGCUAUUUUUUAAGGUAUUUGUAAAAUAUUUGUGUAGAAUAUACCAGAACAGGCUGUUUAACAAUCAGAACAGAACAAGUCUAUUAAUCCUUUAACACACAGGUCAGUUCAACACAGAUAUGUGAACACCAGUCCAUUCUGGGCUGAUCAAACCUGAUCACUUAGAGCGGAAACGCUUUGUUUGCUCUGGUGUAUUUAUUAAUAUCUCAAGAAACAUUGAAGACAGACGUGACCUGUUUAGAUAUGUGUCAUACAAUACUCACACCGUUGUGGUCAGUCAUUCAUCCUCCAGCCUAGCAGCUGAGACAAAGUGCUUUGUGAUGGAUAACUACCCUGAGGAGAGGAGUUAUGUUACUGUGUGAACACUUUUCAAAGUAGUGUCUACAGCUGUCUAGCUCAACAACCUGCCCAGGAUAUACUACUUAUAAUCAAAGUGGAUGUAACCAUGUUUUCCAUUUGAGCUCAACUCAGAAAUUAAAUUGUUAUUUUAUUCCACAAUUGUUUUUGACGCUGAAUAUUAACUUAUUUUGAGCAUGCAAUUAGUGCCUGCAGGUGUGUAAACAAUUUGAAUGAUUUGAUGUACAGAGAGCAUGGUCCUUGUUAGCUCUAGAGAUUUACAGCAAACUGUAAAUAUAUGCCUUAAAUAGUAGCUGUCUUGUUUUGUGUUCAUAUGUCUGUCUUGUUUUAUCGUUAUUGAGUAAUUGUAUCAAAGGAGGAGCCUCACAAAUAAAGCAGAGCUUUUAUUGUU